UAUCUUUGUAAUUUAGGGACAUCAAAAGUCGACAUCCUAGUAAGUAAGCUCCAUAAUCGAAAGAAAAAACGCGACAUUCCUACAUACCAAAAUUGAAACUACUAUAUAGAUCUUAUAAGCAAGAUGGCAAUGAAGAGGAUUAUAAAAGAGCUUCAAGACAUACGAAGAGAUCCACCUACAUCAUGUAGUGCAGGUCCUGUUUCCGAAAACUUGUACCAGUGGCAAGCCACCAUAAUUGGCCCUGCUGUUAGCCCUUACGCUGGCGGAGUUUUCAUUCUGACCAUUCACUUUCCUACUGAUUAUCCCUUCAAACCACCAAAGAUUGCAUUCAGGACCAAAGUUUUUCAUCCAAACAUAAACAAUAAUGGGAAUAUUUGCCUGGACAUCUUGAGGGAUCAGUGGAGCCCUGCCUUAACUAUAUCUAAGGUGUUACUGUCAAUAUGUUCUCUUCUCACUGACCCGAACCCUGAUGAUCCCCUGGUUCCUGAAAUUGCACACAUGUACAAGAAAGACCGAACUAAGUAUGAGGCGACAGCUCAGAGUUGGACGCACAAAUAUGCGAUGAAUUAAGCAUUCAUCAGACUUCCUGAUACUGCUCUUUUGACAAAGGCUCAAAGUUGAAAAAUACUUGUUUCAGUAUAUGUCACUGAUGAAUCUGAAUACUACAAGUUUGAAUUAUGACUCUAGUGUGCUUUAUGACUUGAAUGAAUGAAUAAAAUAGCAUGUUGCAAACCA